UCGUGGACUUGUGGCAAGACUGCCAGGAGCUGCUGCUGCCGCCAUCAACCCCCAUGGCCUACACGUCAGGUGGGGGCGCCCCAGUGGCAGGGGCAGCCCCCAUGGGCUCCCAGUACUGCGUGUGCAAGGUGGAGCUGUCUGUGAGUGGCCAGAGCCUGUUGGACCGGGACGUCACCUCCAAGUCUGACCCUUUCUGUGUCCUCUUCACGGAGAAUAAUGGCAGGUGGAUGGAGUAUGACAGGACAGAAACCGCCAUCAACAACCUCAACCCAGCAUUCUCCAAGAAGUUUGUCCUCGACUACCACUUCGAGGAGGUGCAGAAGCUCAAGUUUGCCCUGUUUGACCAGGACAAGUCCAGCACACAGCUUGACGAGCAUGACUUUCUGGGCCAGUUCUCCUGCAGCCUGGGCACGAUCGUCUCCAGCAAGAAGAUCACUCGGCCUCUGCUGCUGAUGAAUGACAAGCCAGCGGGGAAGGGCUUGAUUACGAUUGCCGCCCAGGAGCUGUCAGACAAUCGGGUCAUCACGCUGAGCCUGGCAGGCAGGAAGCUGGACAAGAAGGACCUCUUCGGGAAGUCAGACCCAUUUCUUGAGUUUUACAAGCCAGGGGAUGAUGGCAAAUGGAUGCUGGUGCACAGGACUGAGGUGAUCAAGUACACGCUGGACCCUGUGUGGAAACCAUUCACCGUGCCGUUGGUGUCUCUGUGUGAUGGAGACAUGGACAAGCCCAUCCAGGUCAUGUGCUAUGACUAUGACAAUGAUGGGGGCCACGACUUCAUCGGUGAAUUCCAGACAUCGGUGUCACAGAUGUGUGAGGCCCACGAUGGCGUUCCGCUGGAGUUGGAGUGCAUCAACCCUAAGAAGCAGAGGAAGAAGAAGAGCUAUAAGAAUUCGGGCGUCAUCAUCUUGCGUUCCUGCAAGAUACACCGAGACUACUCUUUCCUAGACUACAUCCUGGGAGGCUGCCAGCUCAUGUUCACCGUUGGAAUAGACUUCACAGCUUCCAAUGGGAAUCCCCUGGACCCUUCAUCUUUGCACUACAUCAACCCCAUGGGCACCAACGAAUACCUGUCGGCCAUCUGGGCGGUGGGACAGAUCAUCCAGGACUACGACAGUGAUAAGAUGUUUCCAGCUCUGGGAUUUGGGGCCCAGCUACCCCCAGACUGGAAGGUCUCCCACGAAUUUGCCAUCAACUUCAACCCCACCAACCCCUUCUGUUCAGGUGUGGAUGGCAUCGCUCAGGCAUACUCAGCCUGCCUGCCUCAUAUCCGCUUCUAUGGCCCUACCAAUUUCUCUCCCAUCGUCAACCAUGUGGCCCGGUUCGCGGCUCAGGCCACACAGCAGCAGACAGCCACGCAAUACUUCAUCCUGCUCAUCAUCACGGAUGGUGUCAUCAGCGACAUGGAGGAGACGCGGCACGCCGUGGUGCAGGCUUCCAAGCUGCCCAUGUCCAUCAUCAUCGUAGGUGUAGGCAAUGCCGACUUUGCUGCCAUGGAGUUCCUAGACGGGGACAGCCGCAGGCUUCGAUCCUACACUGGCGAGGAAGCAGCCCGUGACAUUGUGCAGUUCGUGCCCUUUCGAGAGUUCCGAAAUGCAGCAAAAGAGACUCUGGCCAAAGCUGUGCUAGCAGAACUGCCUCAACAGGUUGUACAGUACUUCAAGCAUAAAAACCUGCCCCCCACCAACUUGGAGCCCGCCUGAGCCCCCGCUCAGCAGCAGCAGCAGCAGCAGCAGCAGCAGCAUGCCGCCCUCCCCAGGAACGUGCACGCUCACCCUGCUUCCUCGUGGGUGGCCUUUUUUACCAAUCCACGUUUUUAUUUUUUACAACCGGACCUCUGCCCUGCUCCCCAACCCAGCUGGGCUUCCUGUGUCGGAGUCAGCAAUGAUGUUUCCAGGCCAAGGGGCAAAGCAGCUUCCUCUCCAUCCCUGCCAUCCCCCCCCCCACCCCCGUGCUACCCUUAAGUAUUGAAUGUACUUUGUAUAAUUUUAGUGGAAUUGUUAUUAAAGAAUAAAAUUUUUACAGUCA